UUUUGCAUCCAAAAUUUCAAAAACUGUCGUUGCCACCGGACGUGCUUGUGCUUGUCUCUGCUGUUGUUUUGCCGGAAAACGGAAAACCAAGUGCAAAUAGUGUGCCACCGCCAGGAUCUCUUUUCGGCGCCCGCAAUCAAACUGCAUUUUUUGUGUUUGUGAAAUGUGAAAAAAUAGUUCAAGUGCAAAAUAAUAAACGAAACAAGAAAAAAAACAAAUCAAAUUUCAAACGAAAUUCAAUCCCCCCUCCCUUGCAACAGUAACAAUCAAAAGAAAAGAAAAGAAAAGAUAAUUCUGUCGCCUUGUCGAAUCAUCAAGCCCGAAAACAACAAAUCAAGUUCAAUCAGAAGGCUGGGAAAAAUAAAGGAAAAAUAAACAACAGGAGACGCAGCAGCGCAGGCCCCCAACAACAAAAUGUCUGCCACAAUAGUGCAGAAAUCGACGGCAACAGUCGGCAAUUCGCAUUACUUUGAAUGCGGCGACAUAUUCCAGACGGUGGCCAGCGAUCAUCACCAGCCGCAGCAGCAGCAGCAGCAGCAACAGACAGCGGAGCAGCUCAUCCUGGACAUCAACAUGGAGCAGUCCUCCCAGUCACAGCAGCAGCAUCGCCUGCACGGUGCCCUCACACGCACCAUCUCACAGCCAGCGCAGCAGCGCCACCCACUGCAGCAGCAACAGCAGCAGCAGCAGAUCCAACAGCAGCAGCAGCCACAGGGUGUUGCCUCUUUGGUGACCAUCAUUGAGAAUCUUGGGAACAUGAAUCUGCACCGCAAGCUCGAGCGCACGCAGUCGGAGCCGCUGCCCCAGCAGCCCAUGAACAUAUCUCGCUACAAGACGGAGCUCUGCCGCCCGUUCGAGGAGGCCGGCGAGUGCAAGUACGGGGAGAAGUGCCAGUUCGCCCAUGGAUUCCACGAGCUGCGCAACCUGCAGCGCCAUCCAAAGUACAAGACGGAGUACUGCCGCACCUUCCACAGCGUCGGCUUCUGCCCCUAUGGGCCACGCUGCCACUUUGUGCACAACGCAGACGAGGCCCGUGCCCAGCAGCAGGCGGCAGCCCAGGCGGCCAAGUCGGGACAGCAGCAGCAGCAGCAGCAGCAACAGGGACAACAGCAGCAGCAGCAACAGGGACAACAGCAGCAGCAGCAGGGCUUCCAGAAGCCAUCACAGCUCGGCAGCCAGACGAGCAUCAGUCAGAGCAUCAACAUCAGCCAGAGCCCGUUCUUUAUGCCGCUGAGCCCACCGCUGAGCAUGAGCACCGGCUCGGACCGGGAGUCGCCCACCGGCUCCCUGUCGCUCAGCCCCACCAACUCGCUGACGAGCUUCCCCUUCCACGAUGCCAUGCCGCCGCAGCACGGCGGCUACCUCUGCAUGCCCGUGGGCUCCUCGGGCGGCAAGCACGGCACCGGCGGCGGCGGCGGCAGUUCCGCCUCAUCCACAUCCUCGUCCUCGGGCCUCGGACUGGGUCUGGGCAUGGGCAUGGGCAUGGCCAUGGGACCGGCCACGCCGCCAGAGAGCCCCAAUGUGCCCAUCUCGCCGGUGCACACGCCACCACCGUACGAGCCCAGCACCCCGAGCAGCAGCAGCAGCAGCAUGAGCAGCGGCAUGGGAAUGGGAAUGGGAGGAGGAGGAGGAGGAGGACAGGCCAAGCAGCUGCUGCAGAAGAGCAUGAGCACGCCGAUGCAGCAGGAGGAGAUGCCGCGUCUGCCCGUCUUCAAUCGACUGAGCUCCGCCGUGGAGGACUACCAGAAGAAGCUGCUGUCCAGUCUGCUGCCCUAAGCACGCAGCAGCAGCCCAGCAUUCACCCUGCACCCUCAUCCCACACUGUCCCGCAUUCCGCAUCCCUCCAAUCAUCUAAUCAGCCCAACAACAACAACAGCAACCUUGACAAAAUCUCAACAACGACUACUCCGAACCAUUGUAGACUUGAUCCCCCUGGCUGCCCACCCUAAACCUAAUCCAAAUCCAAAUCCAACAACAACAACAACAACGAUGAUCUUGACCAACGAACAGCAACAGAAUGAGCCACAGAAUGUUGCUCCACACAAAGCAAAGGCAAAAGCAAAAACAAAGACAAUUGAAAUGAAAUUUUGAUCUUGCAAACAUACAAAAAGAAUUUGUAGACAUGCGACACACGCACACCCAUUAGAAGCCGGGCAAUUAACCAGAUUGCUAUUGUUUAAUAUUUAUGCAAACAUUUGACUAGUUAUUAGAUGCGAUCGAUCGUCCUGAGAGCCAGCCGAUCCGAGCAUAUAUCCAAGUGUGAACACGCACACACGCAAGCGCAUGCAUUUGCGAUAUAUUUGAUAUAUGCAUAACGUUGGAGCGUAACGUUGUCUUCCAAUCCGAGGGCCCGAAAGGAGGGCUCUUUAAUUUAUUUUCCUUGCUGCUAAAUGAUUUAGUGGCAGCAAUCGUUGUGUACAUAUGCGAUAUGAGUUGAUAUUUCUUGAUAAACUUUAUAUAAAUUAUAUAAAAUUACUUACAAUUACGAGACUACACGAUAAUGAUAAUGAUAACGAUAACGAUAGCGAUAGCGAUAACGAUGCCACUCCACUGGCCAUCGCUAUUAUCGAUGAUAUACCUCUUGCAGGCCACUGCAAUGCAACAAAACAAAAACAAACAAAAAACAACUAAAAA